UACCGAUUCCGGCUUGACGGCGUCCGACGGCUGCCGAACGCGUUUUCAACUGAUUUUCUCGAAGUUAGUCAAUCACGUUAUGCCAUACUCUAAGGUCUCGCAGUAAAUUUCUCCUAUUGGAGUUGCUGAACGUGUUGUGCUCACUAAGCUGUGUAUGGUUCACAGUAGAAAUGUACACACUAUGUACAACAACACACCAAGCUACUGGAGUGGAGCAUUCACUCUACUGUAAUUUCUUCAGUCAAUCUGAAAAAAGUCUCAUCCUCACUUGCAGUAAUGUUCUUAAAGUUUACAGACUUGUACCUGAACUGCCUGUCAGACAAACCAAUAGAUCAGAUGAUGAUGAAGAACCUCCAAAAGUCAAGCUUGAGUGCAUGGCAACAUACGUGCUUCAUGACAGUGUUGCUUCUAUGGCCAGUGUGAAGCUCAACCCACGUCACGAUUCUCUCUUUUUGGCAUUCAAAGAUGCCCGCCUCUCAGUUGUGGAGUAUGACCAUCACAUGCACGAUCUCAAGACUACCUCUCUUCAUUACUUUGAAACUCAAGAACUUAAGGGAGGCUUUCAUUACAAUCAUGCAUUACCUCUUGUGAGAGUGGACCCAGACACUCGCUGCGCAGCAAUGUUGAUCUAUGCACGCAAAAUAGUAGUUCUGCCCUUCCGUCGGGACUUGGCAACAGACACAGUUGACUACAACAACCCCCUCCAUCGGGGUCCAAUUAUGCAGUCCUACAUCAUUGACCCUAAAGAGUUUGAUACUCCAUCCAUUGAUAAUAUUCUUGAUAUUCAGUUCCUGCAUGGCUACUAUGACCCUACAUUAAUGGUUCUCUAUGAGCCCAUCAAAACAUUUCCUGGACGAGUUGCAGUUCGCCAAGACACUUGUGCCGUCGCGGCGCUCUCGCUAAACCUGCGGCAGCGUCUGCACCCUGUCAUCUGGCACCUCACUGGCCUGCCGCACGACUGCUCUUCACUGCUGCCUGUGCCCAAGCCCAUUGGCGGCAUAUUGCUUUUUGCUCACAACUCACUCACAUACCUCACACAGAGUGUGCCGCCUUAUGGCAUCUCACUCAAUGCAAUGGCAGACAAAAACACCAACUUCCCACUUCGUAAACAAGAGGGGGUGACGAUAACCCUGGACAAUUGCCGCGCCGCCUUCUUAACUGAAGACCGCAUUGUGGUUUCCCUGAAGGGAGGCGAGCUGUACGUGGUUACACUAGGUGCCGACUCCAUGCGUGCCGUGCGAUCCUUCCAUUUUGAUAAGGCUGCGUCUUCUGUGCUCACUUGCUGUUUAUCAGUGUGCGAGGACCAGUAUCUGUUCCUUGGGUCGCGCCUGGGCAACUCUCUGUUGCUGCGCUACCAACAGGAAGCAAUCGGCAACGAUGUGCUGGGGUCUGAUGCACAGCAACGAACACGUAACUUACAGCAGCCGCCCUCCAAGAGGAAAAAGAUGGAUACUCUUGGUGAUUGGAUUGCUAGUGAUGUGGAUGCCAUAGAAGACGUUGAUAUCCUAGAGGUGUAUGGCCCUGAAGACACUACGACCGUGCAGCUCUCCUCUUAUACCUUCGAGGUGAUGGACAGUUUACUGAACAUCGGGCCGUGCGGCGACAUGGGUGUGGGGGAGCCAGCGUUCUUGAGUGAAGAGUAUGACUGCUCCGUGGACCCCUGCGUGGAAAUUGUCACGACCUCCGGACACGGCAAGAACGGGGCGCUCUCCGUGCUGCAGCGUGCCAUCAAGCCUCAGGUGUUGACGACAUUUGAGCUGCCCGGUGUGAACAAAAUGUGGACGGUAUUUGGGAGCGCAAAUGCGGACGGAGGACGACGCAAGGCCAUCGACCCCGCGACGACGGACCACUCGUACCUCAUCCUGGCCAGGGACGCGUCGCCCCUCAUCCUGCAGACGCAGGAGGAGAUCAGCGAGCUCGAGGACUCGGGCUUUGAUGUUACUCAGCCGACCAUCUUUGCCGCCAACAUCGGUAAUUACCGAUACAUUGUACAGGUGCGCGAGUUCGGCGUGAAGCUGCUGGACGGCGCCGAGGAGCUGCAGGACGUGCAGGGUCUGAGCGAGAGCGCCCUGGUGUGCGCGACCAUCGCUGACCCUCACCUGGUGGUGCUGGCCGAGGACGGCACCGUCGCCGUGCUCACCCUGCACACGCGACCUCACCCGCGCCUCGUCGUCACCAAGUCCGCUUCAGCCAAGAGACUACAGCUGCAGACGUUGAGCGCGUACUGCGACGUGUCUGGUCUGUUCACUACAAACUUCCCAGACGAGGGCGUGCCGCAUCAGAAGAUCGUCAAAACUGAAGCUGAACUCAAGAAGGAGCUGGACGACGAGGACGAGAUGUUGUACGGUAACGCCAUGGCCAGCGUCUUCGACCCUCCAACUUCCUUCCAAGCUGAGCAGCAGAAGCAGAAGAACAAAUGGUGGCAGAAAUUCCAGAAAGAGCAUCGGCCUACGUACUGGGUAGUGGGCAUCAGGGCAAACGGCGUCCUCGAGAUCUACAGCCUGCCAGACAUGCGCCUUUGCUUUGCAGUAAAAGACUUCCCAUAUGCUCACAGAGUUCUGGUGGAUUGCAGUCAAGGCGAUCCAGCCGUGGACUUUGCGUACGCAGAAGAGGAGGAAGGCGACGACAUCAAAAGCUUGCCUACAGUACACGAGCUCCUGCUUGUUGGCAUGGGGCACCGAAAGCUGCGGCCUGUUUUAUUCGCCAGAAUAGGAGAGGAUGUCGUAGUUUAUGAAGCGUAUUUGUUCAGUGAAGAUUUAGACGUUAUGCAACUGAAGCUUCGGUUCAGGAAGGUCGAUUCUCAUCGCAUGAUUUUGCGCCUGCCCAAAGGCCCUCACACCUUCGCCAACCAAAUAGGCUUGGUCGAUAGACGGAACUUCUUUACAGCCUUCAGUAACGUCAGCGUCUACAACGGGGUGUUCAUCAGUGGCCCGUUCCCCCAUUGGGUGCUGCUAACAGUCAGGGGCGAGUUUAGAUUUCAUCCCAUGAGCCUGGAUGGCGGCGUCAAGUGCUUCGCUCCCUUCAGGAACGUCAACUGCCAGAACGGCUUCCUCUACUUCAAUGAUAAGGAUUUCCUGCGGAUCUGCUUGUUGCCGACGAUCCUGUCUUACGACGCUGAGUGGCCGGUGCGUAAAGUACCGUUGCGAUGCUCGGCGCACUACAUAGUGCACCACAUCGAGACCAAAACUUACUGUGUCGUCACAUCCAUCGAACAGCCAACUAACAAGAUUUGGAAGUUCAAUGGCGAUGAUAAGGAAGAAGUCACGGAAGAGCGGGAGGAGCGUUUCGUUCAAGUGAAGGCCCCCAAGUUCUCUUUACAGCUCUUCUCGCCCGUCAACUGGCAGAUGAUCCCAAACACGGAUUACGAACUGGAUUUGUGGGAGCACGUAACUGCGUGCAAGAAUGUCAUGCUCGCCUACGAGGGCGAUAGAUCUGGUCUCCGAGGCUACAUUUGUGUGGCUACAAUCUACACGUACGGGGAAGACAUCACGUGUCGUGGUCGCAUCCUGCUGUUCGACGUUAUAGACGUGGUGCCAGAGCCCGGCCAGCCGCUCACCAAGAACAAACUUAAGCUCCUCUACGACCAGGAGCAGAAGGGACCUGUCACUAACAUAGCGCACUGCUGCGGCAACCUCGUCACUGCCAUCGGACAAAAGAUGUACAUUUGGACGCUGCGCAACAACCAGGACCUCGUGGGCAUCGCGUUCAUAGACACGGGCAUUUACAUCCACAGACUCGUGCCGCUCAAGACGCUCAUCCUGGCCGCUGAUGUCUGCAAGAGUAUCUCAAUAUUGCGCUUCGAGCAGCAGAACAGAACAAUCUCACUCGUCUCUAAGGAUCUGAAACUGAUGCAAGUUUACAAUACGGACUACAUGGUGGACGGUAACAAGCUAGCCUUCGUGGUCUCAGACUCAGACAAGAACCUCAUCGUACUCAAGUACAGUCCUGAGAACAGGGAGAGCUGCGGGGGCACCAGACUCAUCCGUAAAGGGGACUUCAACCUCGGUCAACACGUCAAUACUUUCUUCAGGAUCAAGUGCCGGAUUGCGGACACGUCGAAGGCGUUGGAGGAGACGCCCACGCCCCACCGCCACGUGACUGUCAUGGCGACGCUUGACGGCGCCCUGGCCUACCUGCUGCCCGUGUCUGAGCGCUUCUAUAAGCGCUUCUCCGCCCUCUACACCGUCCUCAUGCACCACCUGCCUCAUCUAUGCUCAGGACUGAACCCUAAAGCGUGCCGCGCGUUCCGCACGCGUCACAAGAUUCUGUACAACCCCGUACGCGGCAUCCUGGACGGCAACGUCCUGUUCCAGUACCUGCACCUGCCGCUGCCAGAGAAGAGAGAGGUCGCUAAGAAGGCUGGAGCCAACGUCGAUGAGCUCAUCAAUGAACUGCGGGAAGUCGACCGCAGCACAGCACUUUUCUAAGGGCGCUUCUGUGCCUUGUCCUGUAUCACUGUAUCCUGUUGCUGUAUCACUGUAUCCUGUCACUGCAUCACUCUAUCGCUAUAUCCUGUCAGCUCAAACGUCAUGCAUCGCAACCUGUAUUUAAGAUAAUGAAACCUGUCUAGUUUUUUCUUCCAUGGCUAGUCACAAGUUCCGCUGGUCUCAUGUGACACAUACUUGUCAGCUUUCCUCAUGCGUAGUUAUGCAAGCCUGAAGCUGCAUCGUAAUUCAAAAGAAGUUCAAUGUGAAGUGACCAUGAAUAAUUUUGUCUCGGUGCUUUAUUGUACUAAUUGACCUCAAGUUGAGCUGUGUUCUAUUGUAAAUUAUUAUUUUCAGUUUUCUAAGAAAUGCAAUUCAUACAAACAUUGUUUGCGUGACCUUUAUCGCUGCUGUUCUUAUCUGUUGAGCAAUUGCCAUAGAAUUUGGGAAGAAUAUUUGAUUUUAGUACAAUAGUUAUUUGCAGGUCGCAAGUGUCCUGGUGCAGUUGUAUCAUUGUUGAAACACUUGAAAUUCUAGUAAUAUACACUGGAGGAAGCUGGUGCGUUCCUUGAAGGUUCCAUUGGCGUGGUUGUCCUACAGGAUACCGAG